ACUUUAACUACCGGUAUGCCAUGCUUUAACAGACCGGGUAUCUGGGAUUUCGUAUAGUAAAAUUCUUAAAGAAAGUACUCAUUUUAAGCACAUGAUUUCAAAGCAACCCUGACGAAAUUCCACCUGCUGAGUCGGAACCCGGGACUAAGGAUAAAACGUUUGCCCGCUAGGACAAUAAUGACGACAGUCGUUGCCCUCUCCUGCGUCGACGUCGCUACCUUCGCUGGGUGGCGACAAACGAGAAAUGUUUAUGAAUGACAUAGCAGAAAACGUGGAGGAUAGCGGACCCUGACUGUCGAAGUUUUUGACACUUGACAGAAGAACAAUAUUUUAAUUGUGCCAUUUUUCGUGAAGGAAUUCGUACCUAUUAUUAGAUUGUGCGAAAAAGCGUUUUUGCAAUUGUAUCACACGAACAUCUUAUAGCAGUAAAUUUUGGCCAAUUGACGGUGAGGCUGAGUUGACUGAGAUAAUACUUGGUUUUUUUAUUUGUUCAUCUCUGCAAUCUGAGAAAUGAGCUUCGGUUAUUCUACCUUCCACGCGAAAGGUGCUAGUAAUCAUGCGAGUAUCGACGGCGCAGUCGAGCAAGAAAGCGUUAAUCCCCACGGACUUCGCGAUGCUCUGCAGUCGGGUCUGUCCUCUGUAGCACGAAAGGCGGUGGAUGUUCAUCCUUUGGAAAUAUCUGAAUUAUAUCAUGAUACACAGGAAGAUCGAAUGAAUUACGCCAUGCUUCGGUCGACUCAAGGAAUCCAUGCUCCUCUGCGUCUACAGAUGGAAAAAUUUCUGGUUAAACAGCCUUCGCGAAAUUCGGUAAUGCCUUCAUCCAACCUCCAUCUGGACGUUCUGAAUGGCAAAGAUGAAACUAUUGAUUUGGAAGACGUUCUCAAUGCACCUGAAUACUGGGAGAAGGAAGUACAUCCUCAUUUGUUGUUGGAAAAACGAUUAGACGCGAGCAACUGAAGGAAUUUGUACGAUUUACAGCACUGAAUAACAUCAACCGAUAUUUUUCGUUUUAACUUUAACAUGCUUUGAAGGAAGUUCAGGGUUAAGACUAACUUCAUGGAACGAAAUUCUGAUAAUGUAACCUUUAUGAUAAUGACAAGCUAAAUCUUUUCAUAUUUGAAGGAUGUUUCCUAUUCUUCAGCUUCUUUUGUUUGGCAUUUGUUCGACAAUGUAAAUCAGUCAUAAUGCUAAGAAUCGCAAGAUGCGGCACUUGGACUGAUUUUACUACUUUAUAUUUUUAAUAAACUUGGAAGUACCAUGAA